UCAGUGUUGUGCGGGCAAUGAAACAGUUAACUUAUAUUAUGUAAAGUACGCGCUGGCCAGUCGAAGGCAAAUGCGAUAUUCGUCGGUGUGUGACCUAAUCAGCCAUCAUCGGGUUGCGGAUUGACUCCACUUCACACCUCGCGCAGUGUGGUGACCUUUCUCGCGGUUUGGCUGGCAUCCUUUGAAGAAAAAAAAUGGGAAAAUAGUGCUGUAUAGUACACACGGAGUGCAAACUCUCAGCCGUGGUUGAAAUUACUGUGUUGAAAGACGUCAAAUUUUUGGGAAGAAAAAUUUGACAGCCAGCUCUGACAGAUCGCGCAAGCGAGCGCAAAGGAAGAAAAGAAAAUGGAUUACGGGAGUGUUUGAAUGGAGAAAAAUUUAUAAUUUAGCUAUAUUUUUAUUAUAUGUAGUUUUCUGGUUUCUCUUGAAUGUUGUUCGUUUCAUUCCGUCACACAUACAGUGGAGUGUGCGUUUGCACAACAGUGUGAACGUAGCAUAUAACUGAAGAUCGCGACAAUGUAGUGGUAUGGGUGUGCCCAAUAGUGUCCGAAGCGGGCCGGUGUGCGUGUUCGUACCAGAAGGUUCUCCACAGUGCUGAGUGAGUGUACGUGCGCACGACGAGUAGUGUUUAUACGUGAAAGGCAAAAAAAUCGAAUAAGAUUUUGACAGCUCGCCGCUUUUGAUCAAAUAAAAAUAAAAAAGGCGAGUUUUAUUGAUUAUUUCCACGGCGGAGAUUAAAAUCGUGAGAAGAGUGAGAGCCAAGAAUUACGCGAGUAGUGAGUCUUGGCUGGGUCCCCCCAAGGAAUGCAAAAUGUCCAGUGUAAGUGAACGUGCAAGAAGCCAAAGCAAUUGUCUGACAAAAACGCAGCAAAUAGGCACCGAGAUAAAAUGGUCGAUAUAGUGUCUAGCCUAAAAGGGGGAUUGAAAUAUUUAUUUAUAUACACGGGUGAAAUUCCAUCAAUGGAAGAAUACGUUUUCGGAGUAGUGAAAUAAUUCGGUUGCGCGGUGGGGAGAGAUUAUGUGCUGGAUAUGAGUACAGACGUUAGCCUACAAUGGAGAUCACUCGGAUUCACUGGCACUUCCGAGUCUCGGUCGAGAUCUCCUUCUGCCCAAUCCCGUCCCCCGUUACCGAAGCUGGUUCCCAUUUCCCCGAAGAAGACUAAUGACGGAAAAUAUGUGUGUAAAAAAAAUAACAACAACAGUCUGAAGAAAAUUAACAGAAACCUUAACAAACCGAACGUUUCGCAAUCGGAAAUCGUUAUCGACGGCAGCAAGUUUAAUUUGAAACCGAUCAUCAAACUCAAAGCGGUUCCUUGGCCUCAAAACAAUUCCGAUAAGAAGCAGCGCAAACAGAACGAAGACAUCCGAAAAGACAAUAACAAGAAAAACUCGAAAAACGACGACAGUGCCGUACCGCCGAAUGGUGAUAAAAAACGUCGCCUAGCUGGAAAGAGACAGCUGUACAAUAUUGUUGCAGGGGAAAAUAAUGACGUCGAUGCAACAAAGUUAAUACUUCGGCGGCGCGACACGUCCCCCAGUUUGGAGCGUAGUGCAACGAGUUGUGCCACAGUUGCUACCAGCGGCAAAUCGCCCUCGCCGGCCGUUGCAGGGUCCACGGAAAGUGCACAAAUUGGCACGCCAACAGCAAUGUUGACCACCAAUGGCAUCGCAGAAAAGGAUGCUCCCAGGUUCAAGAAUGUCAAAGUGGAACCACACGAGAGCAGUAAAAUUCCGAAACGGAUCAUUAAGCAGGAGCCACGUGAGACCCCAUCGACCCCGAUUACCGCGCAGAUCAAAUGUGAGGAAACCCUCGAAACGCACCGAAAGUCCAAUCGGCGGAGACAAUUCACCGAUCGGAUUAUCGACACAAUGUGUAUACCGGAGUUCUAUUUCAAAGCCAGGUGUCGAAGUAAAACCAAAGCAAAAAAUGGCAAGAAAAAGAACCCGGUGGCUAUAGCGGCUGCAGCUGCCACUAGGGCAGGCAGUAGAAAUGCCCAAAACAAAAGCAAAACAAAUCCCACCGCCAACUCUGGCAAUAAUAGCGGCGUUGGCGCUAGCGCUGCUGCUGGUGGCGGUGGUGGAGGCAGUGGUAGCCGCAGCACCAGUGGCAGCAAAAAGGCAAAAGAAGCGAUUGCCCCCGAGGAGAGUACCGUUCCUCGAUUAAAUCCCAUUUUCCUCUUCGUUAAGCAGGAGGAUACCCGAAUCGUGGAGGUCCGCUGCGAAGAUUACGACCGGCGAAAUCGUAUACGAAUUACCAAAACAUCCAACGGACUUUGGAGGUCAUUUCCCCGCACGGAUCCCAACUCGUCGGUGGUGUUUUCUCUGCUGCCGAAGCCGGAUGCCGGAACGGAAUCGUCGGUGCAGUCGGACAAUGGCAUUCCAAAGGCAGAUCUACCAAAGUACAAAAAGCUACACAAGAAGAGAAAGAAGCACAGAAAAGAUGCGAAGCGAAGGGUCCUUUUGAAACGGAUCCGGCAACCGAGGGAUGAAGUGAGUUUGGAUGUGCAUAGCGUUGAUGAGAGCCAAUUGUCCGAACAAGAAGCUGAAGAAGAGGAGGAGGAAGAGGAGGACGAAGAGGAUGAUGUUAUUGAUAUAACGUUGUGUGAGGAUCAGGAUGAGAGUAGCGCUCGGGGUGACUCGAGCCGACCAGAUGUUAAUGUUGAAGAUAGUAGUAAUCAAAAUAAUUUAACCGUUGAUAGCAACAAUAUCAGUAGCAAUAGUGACUGUAAUACCAACAAUAGUAGCCUGAAUAUCGCCACUAGCCUAGAAGGAAUCAGUACCAAUAGUAUUAAUGCCACAAUUAACACAGAUAGCAAUAAGGACGAGGACGGCAGCGACAACGAUGUAGAAUUGAUUCCACCGGAGGAGCCCCAGGAAAUCAUUCGCCGUGGACCGACGGUGGGCAGCAACGGCAGCAGCAGUAACUGGACGGAGGAAUUGGAUAACAUCGAGGCACAGAUACCAUCAACUAUCAUAUCAGUGCAAGAGCUCCAACGUGUUCGCGCUAGUGCGCAUGUCGGCGGCAGCAUCGAACAGCACACAACAACAGCGGCGCUCAAUAAUUUGAUUGCACUAAAUGAACUUGGGUUUAAUCAUCAGGAAAACCACGCGAACGAGUGCAUUGAGAAAACAAUCUCCUAUCACUUGGAAUCCCUGCAGGCGGUGGCGGCGGCGGCGGCAGCAGCUGCGGCCGCUGCUGCAGCUAGGAACGCUGCCAGUACCACAGCCGACGCCAGCACUAUCGACGAAACUACUGAUGCUGCUGUCAGUGAAGUACCGCCCAGCGCCACUGCCAGUGCCACCAGCAGCUCCACCAUCGUCUCCAGAGCGGUUGUCGCUAGUGUGAGUGCGAAAGAAGUUGGGGAACAAGGUGGCGAAUCGUUGCACACAUCAACAACUUCCGAUGCACCGACUGUGCAUGAGAUUGACGACGACGGAGACGAAGUGUGCGUUCUCGAGUCGGAACCAGCACAACAGCAGUCGCAGCAAACAAAAGGACGAAAUGAAAAUAUGUGCCUGGAUAGCGCAGUAUACGAAAAUUGUAAGACGGAAUCGGAUUGCAUCCAGAACGCGGAAGUGCAACCGCACAUCACAAUCAGUAGUGACAGUGAGCUGGAAGAUGAUGAUCCGAAGCAUCAUCAUUUGAGUGAAUUCAACGAUUGCAGUGACCUGAUCGAAGGGAUUCGCGAGAUACAGUCCGCCAAUCCGGAAGAUUUGCUACAUGAUAACUGCGGUGAAAAUACAAUGACUGGUGCCGAACUGCUCGAUUCGCUGGUGGAGCAAAGGUGUGAAGACAAUCAUAUUUCGGGAACUGAUGAUCUCAAGAAUACUGUUUACUCCAUAUCAGACGAUUACAACGAUGACGAUGAUGUUCUGCUGGAGUCCGAACCAGUAGCCGACAUUAUCUCGCGUUUAGGUGAAUCACUCAGCACAUCGCCCAAGUGUUUAUCGUUUAACGAAGCAGGUGAAAUAGAAGGACUAACUGGUGAUCUGUUCGAUACCACACAUCACUCGCUGCAGAUGGACGACAAUCUGCCGAAUCCAUUUUCCUCGCAAAACCCAACACUGGACGAGUUGUCCAUCACUAUUAAGGAUCUAACCGACAGUAGUGAGCAUGCGAACUCGUACUUCAACAGUGCGGAGAAAACGAGCAAAGAAUCUGACACUCCGAUUGUGAUUUCACCCGAUUCCUGUCAGGAAGAACUGCCCAAGGAUCUCAGCUGCCGGAAGCGCAGCGAAAAGAGUACCGAUUCAAUUGUGACUCUUUCCCCAUCUCCACGUCCCGUCUCGCAUAGUUCCGAUGCCAUUCAAUCGCCGCAACCCAGCGGUUUGCCAGCAGUCCCACCGUCCCCGGACAUUUUUCUACAGCCAAAAUCAAUCUCGAAUGCGGUCAUGGAAACUCUCAUCUCACAAGCAUCGUCAGCUGCUGCAAAACCCAGAACCACAAUACAACAAAAAGAACCCUUGGAUCUCGGGAAGUGUCGAAAAUCGGCCAGUCCUACUGUCAGCUGCUCAGAAGAGGCUAAACGUCAAUCGAGCUCCGAAGAAGAGCCCAAAUCCAAACGGAUCAAAACCGAUCCGGAGAGUAACAAAGCAGCGGAUAAUAACGGUUCCAGUUCCGGACCAGUCCCUAGCAAUAACACAACACCAAUCGGUGGAGGCAGCAAUAGCAGUGCAAAUAGUUCAGCUAGUCAUGCAACCCACAGUGACUCUUCACGACUGGUGGAGAUGCUCACAUCUGGCAACGAUCCUGACCCGUUAACCCAGCUACGCUUACUGAUCGGAAAUCCAGCAUGGAAGGUACCUGAUCCAUUACUAGUGCCAAAGGAUCGUCUCAACGCAGUUCUGGCAUCACCCGCACGAGAGAUUCCUCUACUACUUACCACCCGACCUGAACUGCGCCUACCCGAGGCUUUUGCCUUCCCAAACAUCCUGCAGGAUCCGGAUAUUCUUGUUAUAUCUUUAUCUCAGCUGGAAAAGAUACUCGAAACGCAAGAUGAGCUACUGAAGAUGAAGACAAAAACCGACACCAGCAAGAAGGUGGCCCCAAGUCCGUUGGAAGUUCUCAAACAAACACUCACUGCUCAGGCAGCGAAGCAAAAUCCCAUGAUGAGUUCACUACUGGCAUCCGGACUUGCAGGCGAUAUUGACGCUGCAACGGCAGCCGCCUUCAACCAGAUGCUUUGGCUCCCCUACCUAGGCCAAAUGGGACAAUUCGGUCCGGAGCUACUGAAAGCUAUGAUGAACAUUCCUAACUCCAACCCAAACCUGACAGAUAUGUUACCCUUCAUGGGGCCCCGCUUGCAGGACUUCUGCGGUUUACCAACUAAUCCUAUGGAUUACAAACGCCAGCUGGAAUUUGCCAUGUGGCAAGACGCUCUUAGCCAAGUUAACAACGCCAGUUUGCAACGCAAACAAGAAGCCCAGAAGAAAGCGGUCAGCACUCCGGUUCACGUUGAUCGUAAGCCCAUCAUCCCGCCGAAAACCCUGGAGCAGCAACGGUCCGUAGCUGCGGUUGCCGCAGCUGCCAGCCUAUUCCAGCAGCAAAGCCAGCAGAACAAGAAAUCCAACGCCGUUAUGAACCAGAUGAACUCCCUCUCGAUACCUCAGUUUAUGACCCCCUCAAUGCCAAACAAUCGCUUCACUAGUAACGUUCGAACCUCAACUAUGCAAUCUCCAUCCUCUCUGCAGCAGCAGUUUAAUCCAAGUGGAUUUAAGAAUAUGCCAAACUUGAUGAACCAGGCGGCGGCCAGUGCCCAGAUGCGCCAGCAAACACGGCCACAGUUGUCAGCCGCUCAAAAGAGUAGACAGAGCACCAAUUCCAUGUUCUCCAACAAUCCCUUCCUGAGCCUUCCGACCAACUUCCAGGAAUUCCACGACCAACAGCAGCAGAUGGCUCGCAAACUGCAGAAAGAACAGCAUCACACUAGGGAACAGCUGCAGCACCAUCAGGAGGAGCAAAAACCACGCGUCACUUGCAAAUCUCUGAUGAAUUUACUGCAACCAGAGAAGCAACAACAACUGCAAAAGCACAGUACCAACAGCAAGCUUGCGAACCUGAUGGCACUUCCAGGCAUGGAACUGUACGCAACAGGUCAGCAUGAUCAACUGCAGCAGCAAAUGUUCCUACAGCAACAGCAGCAACAACAACAGCAACAGUUGCUUCAGCAGCAGCAGCAACAAUUGUUGCAUCAGCAGCAACAACAGCAAACUCAGCAGCAGCAGCCACAGGCUAAGCUGAAGGUGAAACCUGGACUGCAUCUACUCGACCCGGCCGCCAUACAGAGGCGGCUGCUUAACACCGAUGAGCUGCCCGAAGUCGGCAGCACCACCAGCGGAAUAGAUGAUACGACGGAUUUGACUUCCCCGCUGUGGCACCCGCUGUUCGGGAGUGCCCAGAAAACUCCAGGGACCGUGACGGGAGGUUCAACCGCCAGCAGUGGCGCCGGUUCGACCGGUAACUCUAGCAGCUACAACAGUCCGUGGCAAUGGACUACCAUUACCGCCAGCGGGGAAUGACAUUAUGGGGCUCGUAAAGAGCCCGCUGUUGCUGGACCUCAAUCACAGACAGCUCCUCAGAGUCAACAGCACCAACAUGGAAGCAGCAGUAACACCAACAACAAUAAUCAAAACAACAAUCAGCAGCAACAGACGAUGAGCCAAUCCCAGCAGCAGCAGCAACAACUCGCACAAGCUCAGUUCCAGGCCUUUGGGAAUAGUUUGUCGAAUUUGCAGCAACAACAUCAACACCACCAACAGCAGCAGCAGCAACAACAACAACAUCAGCAACACACAUCCAUCCAUCAUCAGCAACAUCUCCAGCAACAGCAACAAACGGCUCAACAGCAAUCCCUGACGGCGGCGGCGGCGGCUGUUGCAGCUGCUAAUUCUGGUCACCAUCAUCACCAGCAACAGCAGCAGCAACAGCAACAAUCUCAACAACAACAACAACAAAACCAUCACAAUGUUCCUUCCCACCAUCACACGCACCACCAUCUGGCGGCGCAAAAUAAUAUGAUGGCGGCAGCCGCGGCUGCAGUGGCAUCCCAACGAAAUCCGUUCGGGUUCGAUUUUAGUCAUUUCCAAAAUUCCUACUAGGAUUCCAAUAUGGCGCCGAUACAAUGCAGGUAAUAUAGAAAAGUAAUUUGUUGCACUGAAGUCCGCGGCUGGAUAAUUCGUUUCGAGUUUACUCUCAAGUCAACACAGGGAAUGUUUUUUGAGGAUGCUCGAGCUUACGCCUGGAAGCAACAAUUUUCCAAUUAAAUCUGAAACUGCUGCUAACAAAUUCCAACCCACUAAACGAACCCAAACUAAAGCGGUUCUUCGAACUAGGGAUUGGCAUUCUUCAGCCAGGCUUACGCUCCCAUCCUGUGGCUCCAUCGGAAACAAAGCCAAUAAUCUUUUUCUAGUUUGGUUGAAACCCCAAAAACCAUUCCGGUCGACAUGUACAACAGAUUUUAGAGUUUUCGUCUCUUCUAGAAAUAUCGAUUUUCUGUCAUAUGACUUUAAUAGCCUCCCGCUUUCUGUGUUUUCCGCUUCGUUCCCGAUCCGCGUCUCGCUCUUGCAUCGUGCUACCCAGUUUUUGUGAGGCACAUUUUCCUCGCCGGUUCGUCGUUGCCACCCCCCACUACGGGCCUGUUUUAUAUUGUGUUGGAAGUAAUAAAACUAAGAAAUAUCGUAUCGAAAUAUGAAAAGAAGGCACACACUGUGGCGGGCAAAGUCCAAAAGAUGUGCGCGCGCACCCACCCUGUGUCGAGAGGAAACCGAACUCACACACAUCUCAACUUCCAAACCCGCUGGUGCUGGUUCUGCCGUGUUGUUUGUGUUCUUCUCGAUGUAUUCACGAGUCAAUACGCAGAACUCAAGGGGGUGGAAGGCCUCCGAAUUCUUCUAUCGUUCGCGCGCCACCUGUGUGUAUGGGAGCCCGUUCGAGGGCAGCAACAGCAGCAGCAGCAGCAGCAGUAGUAGUAGACGAAAGCACUUUUCCCACGACCUGAACAAACCCAGGUUAGAACUCGAGAAACAACAACAGAUGGGCUGUAAAGGCAGAUGAUAUCGAACUCGUCCCGGGUCGGGUGUGCACGCAUACGCACGCACGUACGCACAACCCACAGGGCUCUCGGGACGGGAUGGCCACAUCCAAACGACCGUAUGGGAAAUGCACUCAAAUACAUCCACCUCUCAAGAAGUGCUGCUGCUUUGGAAAACGGGGCACACGCAUCGAGACCCGCUGGAGCAAGUCUUCAUCAAAUAUGUGUAAAUAAUGCGAACUACAACUACACCGAAACUCUGCGACAAGAAGCGGAGAUGCAACCGCCAACUUGCGCUAUGCACACCAGGGAAGCGAGUUCACACAAGAGCCUUUUGGAUGGUGCAUCCAUUUCCGGAAAAGUGCACUUAGCCACCUACUCUCACUCCUCCUCGUUGGGAGGCACUUUUGGGUGGCUCCAUCAUCGCACACGGCCACGGGCGACGGUUUUAAUGGUAAACAUAAUAUAUUGCAAGUAAAUAUUGCUCAAAAUCGCACACUACACAUCCUGAAACGUUGUUCCGGUCGAGAUCGAAAUCGCAUUUCUACAUAUUCCCCGUGUCUCGUCCGUUUUCUCCCAUUUCCCGGCGGUCUCUUGCAAAUACCACUCAGCGUACUUCAGCCCGGCUUUGGCCCGUAGGAUCCAUGAUGUGAUGUGUUACUUUUAACCCACUCGAUUCAGGGUCGCUGUCGGGGACUAAACAGAAACACUUGCCAAAUUUAAUCGUUUCAACCCUGGUCGGAAACAUGCGCUCUCUGCAAGACAUUAGGCCUAGACCACAGAAACUAACCACCACCGUCAUGAUCAGCAACGAGCACACAUCAGCCCCUACGCCUUCUCAUGUGUGCCAAACCCCCCCCCCCCUGCCCCUUCUCCACCGACUCAACAUUUUCGUCGGAAAAUCAAACAUUGAAUAAUUAAUUCAAAUUUGAUGUUACUGUCGAAUUGAAUACACGUUUCAGCGCCAUGUCCUAGUGGCGACCCGACCCAGACUCUCCGAUCAAAUUCCCGCAUAAUCACAGAGGAGAAGCGCCUGUAUACAGGUGAUCCUCCCUGCCAGCCAUUUGCCAACGCAAUCAACCCCUUGAAAGAUUGCUCGCGUGCAGCGGACUCGCCGUUGUCCGCAUCAAACGCAGCAGCUCACUAUCCAGAAGGCCAAGAGCGGCGCAGUGCUUUUCAUUUACGGGGAACAAAUUCAAAUUAAAAACAAAGAAUAGCCAUGGAACGAAAGCACCGCGGCUGUACUGCAGGAAAACUACGAUAGGUGACCCUCAGUGGACAGACACACACACGCACAAACACUGUCAUAUGCACCGCGGAUUCGCGCGAGUUUGCUGCUAUAUGCAAAUCCUCAUGUCAACCUGAUAAUCGACAGACGAAGCGCAAAUUAAAAUUAAAAUUGCGCUACUCGAAAACUUGGCGAUUCGAUGCGAGUCGCAAAAGACGGCAGCGUCUGCCCCGCGUGUCCACACAGAACGCGCCUAGUGGAGAUGCGCUCGUAUGUGUACAUAAGGUUUAUUUUUUUUUUUCUUCAAUUUCAGACCGAUCUCUGUGGCUCCAAAAAUCAAACGGACUGGAGCACAGCGCGCGCGGUACUAUUUUACCCGGUCGCUCAUUAGAAUCACCGUAGCGUGAAGAAUCGGGACGGGUUUUGUCACUUCAAAUCAAAACCGAAACCCCGAACAGCGGAGUAAUGCGGGUACAAGGGCCAGGUUGCUGCAGCUGCAGCGGCGUGAAAUUAUGUUAGAUGAAAUUUCGAGUGCACGAGAACGGCCUUAGUUUACCGUUUCGUUGAGUUAGCACGGAAUGGAUUAUGGCGGGAUUGAAAUGAUGAUUGGAAUUUCGGUGAAACAUAUAGCGGUUGAGGGGUUCUCCAUUGUUAGUGGAUGUUAGAAACAACUAUUAUGAGUUGUUUUUAUUCCGUUUUUUUUUUAAUUUUUGCUUUUGAUUGCUAUGCGCUUUGCUUCAUCAUAAUCCAACUCCCGGUAAAAAAAAAUAUAUUAGUAGACUGAUUCAAAAAUUUCACAUUAAAACUCGUAAAUGAAUACUUUUUUCGAAUAUAUUAGGCCUAAUAUUAACCAGUAUUAAAUCCUACGAUUAGCUAUCAGUGAUUUAUAAAAGGUUUCCAUGAGCUCUAUUGCUGAAGAAUUCAUUCAGAAUUUAACUUUGCUUCCGCUCGGUUAGGCUUUAGAAGUCAUUUGUUAACUCAGUCUUUAUGUCCUAAUAUAUUUCUGUGCGGUAUUUUCAAAACUUUGGGAAAUUUCAUGCUAGAAAAGAAUAGUACCGGGAAAAUUGAUUUGCGAUGUCUUAUUUCGUGCGAAAAUCCAUCGAAAUGUCAUAGAAAGAAGCUAAAACAAGAAGAAGUCGCAUAUCUUGUUUCUCGCUACUUAUCCCUCUCGACUAUAAUUGCUGUCCAUGCUUCUGAGAAAUGUGUUUCGAUAAAUUCACACGAAACGCCAUUCACAACAGACAGCGCCGUAAAUUUGAAAUCGCACUCCCUAUAGUGUGGUGCUAUGCUUUCAGGAGAAUACAUAUUAUACGCUUGGGUUCUGAUUAACAACCCUAGAAUAAUUUAUUUUAAAGUGGUCGAUGUAAAUUGCUAUUAUUUUGAUAGUAUUUGCAGCUACGCAAACGUGGAACAGAAACAAAAAUUAUGUCAAGAAAGCGAAAAACCAGAUACCAAGAAGUCAUAAAUGACAAAACAUGGUUACAGCAGUUCAAAUUAUGGGUUUCAAACCAUACAUACACACACUACCGCAAGACAAAGUUUGGAAAUAUCGCCCUACUAAUUUAUCCAAAGUCGGUCGGGGCACAGAAAGUGCACAUUUUGUGCCAAAUGUUACACCACAUCAGUCACGAUUUGUGGGCGAAAUUGCCAAUUCAAUUUUGCUCUUAAAGACGGCCCAAGCCACAUCUCGAGCAGUGAACCGUUUCGCUGCGGCUUAAGAGCGUAGUCGUACGGGAAUCUAUUUAAAAUAAUUGAACCAAAUUUACGUCAUUUCGACAGCGAUAGUGCUGUGCUGUAGCAUCUUUCUUCGUGCCGUCGUUGCCGAGUGUGUAACCCCAUAACGGUGCAGUUCUUUGUGUAAGGGAAGGAAAGGUUAUGUUGGACCGUUAUUGUUAGCGAAAAAGUUUGCAUCAUCUUUGGGAACAAAAAAAAAAUAUUGCCGUCUCUUCCGAGAGUCUAGUAAAUAGUUACACGUAUAUUUGUUAGCCGUGACGAGUCUUUCUUUGGAUCGUCAAGGUAACGUUGCAAUAGCACAAUGACAGAUUGCGACAUUGGAGCGUGUUCCAAUUGAUACAAAACUUGCGAUACAAGUCUGCGGUUCCUGUCGGUGUAUCUUAGUGAAUGAGUUUAAUUGAAGAAAUGGCGAACCAUAAAUCACAAUUUUGACGCUAUUGUAUUUGCUUGGGGUAGUUGCCUAAUUUGGGUAACGUGGUAAUAUUUUUUUGCAUAGAUGAACCGAAUGUUACCCAAAAAAUUUACUUUUAUAUAAACCAUAAAUUAAUAUGAAAUAAUCACUCGGAAAGUCAGAAAUAAUGUUCAGUUUGUUUGACAGCAAGGUUUUAAAGUUUCCAAGGUGUCAAAGCAUCACUUUUUAGACAGCCGCAUAAACAAUUAACUUGCUAAUUCCCGCUCAAUGAUUAGCGUGCUGCCUCGAAACUAUUCAACGGAUUCAGUAGCUUCUUGAUUAUCGAGAAAUGCUCCUAAGCUGGAAUAACAGUUUCAUGCGAUUUAUUCUGUCAAUCGAUCAAUCGACAGUCACUAGACUGAAGAUUUACAAUUCCGCAGAGUAACAAAAUUUUGUUUAUCUCGCUCGAAGCAUAUCAAUGAAUAACUUCAUCCAAAAAAAUCCAGCUUAAAAAUCUAAUCGAAUUGUCUCGACUAUUUUAAAUUGGAUUGACAUUUAUUUCUGUUUUGAGUACCACUGCAGGUUCUCUUCUCCAUGAAAGAUUUUUUUUGUUUACACUAACUUUACAAUUCAACAAUAACUGAAUACGCUAUUCAGAAUUAAGAUUUCCCUUCAAAAAAUUCAAUUUAAGUUGGCCGAUAACAAGGUCGUGAAGAAGUUGUGAAAAAUUAAUAUUUUUAGAUUUAAGAAAAAUAAAAGCUCAGCAUAAUCAUUUUUCUUAUAUCAAACAUAUUUUAUUAUUUGAAUAUUAGGUGUGUUCGAUAGCUCUUAAAGGUCCGAAGUUGGUUGGAUGGACAUCAGCCAACGGUGGAAUAAAACGGCUUCCAGCCAAACGUUUUGUUUCAGCACUCGCGGGGAACGGAAUUUCACAUCGGUGAAGAAUACACUUUCUUUAAUUCAAACCUUUUCAAAUUAAACUAUUUCACUUAAUUCUAAUGAACAUAUUGACGUUAUUUAAUCGAACCAUUAGCGAAUGAGAAAAAGAAAUCAUCUGCGCUAAGCGCUUAUAUAGACUCGAACCCAAGCCAAAAUUAACCGCGAAAUUAGAAACGCAGCCAGUUGAUGCAGUUCCUUCUGUCACUCGGUUGUCAUGUUCGAACUGAGCUACUUGCAUCGCGCCGGGGGGAAUACGCCCGCUCCAAUAGGGUGGGUCACCAACAAGGUGAUUUUUUUGGAUCCAAUCGUUCUCAAUAUAGUAUAAAAAAAAACUUUAAAAAACUUAACUUGUUUCGAAUGUGAGCCAUCCUUUAUUUUCAUGCAUUAAAUUUGUCAUCCUUACCAUUAUGUUGUUAUAUUUAAUGCAAAAAAUCAGAAACUUGAAGAAAGAUCAUGAUGAAAUCAUGAUUAAAAUUAUAAAAUGUAUAUUUGUUUUCAAACUUAGUCACGACUUCAAUAUAACCUUUUUUCAGUUAUUCAAAAAGUUCAAAUUUUCCGUUUUCAAGAAAAACAAUAACAAAGUUAAAAAAAACUAUAUUUUCUAUUUUCUAUAAAUAUUUGGCGUGUGUUUUCGACGAUGCGUUUAAUGUGCUGCAACUUUCCCUUUGACGUAAUUUUAACCAGAUAAACAGCUUUUAAGUUAUAAUUCAUGGAAAAGAAAUUUCAUGUUCACACAUUCUCUUGUGCAAUUUUUUCUCGAUGAUAAAAAUUGUGUUUAUUGGAAAAUAAUAUGAUACCCACAAGAUAGUCCAAACAAAAAUGUUAUUUUUUCCCACGCUUGAAGCUGAAAAAAACUCAAGAUUUAGCGUUAAAAAUUUGAACUAAUUUGCACGAUGCUGACUGAACGCUUCUCAAGGCUUUUGAAUGAGAUGAUUAAGUAAUAUGGCGGCCCCUCCGUAGUCGCAAUGUUACAGGGUCCGGUCUGACAAGCGAGUGGUUCUAGGUUCGAAUCUUAGUAGAAUCCAGACCACUGGAUGCAAACGGACUUUAGCAUGGAUUUAUUCUCAUUUUCCCCACCGACCCUUCCUUAAUAUUGAACGCCACAAUGCAUCGAUGAAGUGAGAGGAACAUUUAGUUGAAAUCUGUCUAGGGAAUUAUAAUUGGCGGAAAUAUUGGCAAAAAGAACGAGGGAUAUAGUAGAGCAGUUAGCGUAAAAAAGGAAACGCAAAUGCUUACACAUAAGCACAGAUGAUAUUUUAGCUUGACAUUUAUUCUCAAUAGUCGCAAACAAUAGAUCUACGAAAAACAGCAGACACCCGUCCAAUCUAACAAAAAAUAAUGUUUCUGGUCGCAGUGAGUGAUCCAUACGGGAAAAAAAAAACAAGCAAAAACGUCAUUUUACACUAUUAAAUUCAAGUGUCUAAAAUACUUAAAGAGAAAACCAAAACGCUUCAUAGAAUUAUACCAAAUAUAAAAUGUUGAAGAGGUUGUAUUCAAGACACGACCGCAAGGUUAACGCAGACCUACGGCAGCUUGUCUCAUGUCAAUGUAUUUCUGGCGAUAAGUUAAGAAAUACAUUCAAUUGCAAUUAUACAAUAAUUGAUAAUAUAAAGCGGGAAAUGUUAGUUCUCUUACCCUUUCAACACUAUUUUUCGACGUUGGACUACGUCUCACCGCACUAUAUCGAGAUACAUUCUGCGGAAACUAAAACCAAGGUGGAAUGAAAGAUUUCAAACGGUAAUACUGAUGUAACCCAUGAUGAAUUACAAUAAUCAAUAUUCCUCAGUUUUCAUUAUCAUUUCAUUGUUAAACAGUGUAAAAUUCAUAAAAGUUUCAAGGUCGAAUUUUCACGAACACCAAUCACAUGAGAGCACUCCUGGCACAGGCUUCAUGAGUAGACACCAACUGCCUGCUGUGAUAUCCUGUAUAGCAGUGACAAAAAAAAUUGACAUAAUCUCCCCGUCCCAAUAGGUCAACUAAUGUUCGCUUCCAUGAGCCUAGACUAUUUUGAUGUCUUGAAGGUGAAGCUUUUUCGAAAAGUUCUUAACCACCUCCACUAUCUAACAGUUUUACGUUCUGCUGUUAGAAUGUUAUUAAAACUGAUGUCUUGAAGGAAAACAUGCUGGCACAGGCAACAGUAAUGCACCGAGCAAUGUAUAAAUAGAGCGCUGGUCAUUCGUCGUCUAUGUGUGCAGUAGAACUCGAUAUUCAUUUGUGUGCAGCCAAGCCAAGUGAAGACUACAUUGCCGCUGUCGAUGCACAGUGGGGCGUGUUUAAUUGUCUUCUUCUUCUUCUUGUUUCGUAUAGUAGCAAAUAUCAGAAUUCAAUAUGAUUUUCCGGGUACCGCAAAAUACAUUGCGCCACCGGGAACAACAAAAUUCUGUACGUGUUGGUAGAGGCAGAUAGCAUGGUGUAAAUUAGGUUCAUUGUACAGAUAAAAUGCGUUGUUUAUUUUUGAACUCUACACUCUGUAUUUCUCAUGUCCAUUUCAAAUUUCCUGUGAAAAUACAUUUUGUUUAAAAACUGUAAUUCUUUAUCGUUAUUUUUUCCACGAAUUUGUAACUGCAGGAAAAGCAGUUUCACUUUCACUCUCUUCAAGCUGUUAUUGAGUGUCACCCGAAUAAAUUCUUACUGAAAAUCAUCUCACUGAAAUGAAUAUAUUAUGUGCUCUGAGCCAAUCCAUCGCAUAGUGUCGAUGAAGUAGAUGAGCAUCUAUAUCCUCAACCGCAGAAACAUCACUGAAAGCAAAUCUCAUUUUCAGCUCGCUCGUGCUAAAACUGACAUUCGCUGUUUUCAGUUUCAGUUGAGAAUCGAUCCUUGGCAGUGAAAUUCUGCAACCCUGCGUCUGGUUCUUUUACGUAAACUAGAAGACACAAUCGUAGAUUCCAAAAUUGCCUCUGAAGUCGAUUUGUGGACUCUGAACAUUACUCUGAUUCCGAGAAUAUCCAUAUUGGGUGAUAUUUCGUUAUGUAUCUCGUUAUGAUCUCCGAAAACCGGAAUCUGCAACCAUAGAUUUUAAAAUAGCGUCUGAUGUUUAUUUACGAUCCUGGGCAUCAUCUCGAUUCAGUCAGGUUUUUUUACACGGGGAAUACGUUCCAGUUUUGUAAAGUAUCACGUAAAAAAGAAUCAAUUGAGUUAAAAAAAUAACAUUGAAAGCGGUCCCAAAACCGUUUGAAUUUUAUAAUAGUGAUCAUUCUAAAGACCAAAAUACAAUGUUAUAAAUUUUCAGUAUUUAAACCAAAAAUUGUUCAUUUUUUUCAAAACUGGUAUUGAAUACUUGUGUCACAAAACGAAAAACGUGAUUGGAAUGAGGUCGAUUGUUGUACCGUUUUUGAGUUAUUGAAAAAAGCCACCACGCGUAAAAAUACCUGACUGUACCUGGAUUAGGUGGAAAACAUCCAUAUUCAGUGAUAUUCGACCAUUUUAGCCAGUUCUCAUGAAACCAUCAUGAUCAUCUUGUAUUCCAAAUUGCGUCUAGGGUCGAUUUCCAGGUAUUUGAUAUCAUGCUGGUUCUAAAAAUACCCAUAUUAGAUGAUAUCUGGCCUUGUUUUUAGCUCUGUUUGGUCUAAAUUCGCGUUCAAAUCAAGGCUCUACAAUUUUUAAAAGUUUAAAAUCACAAUUUUCCGCAUUACGAUGGAUGUUUAGCUCAUUUUCUAAUCGAUUGCUCUAAUAUUGAAGGAUACCGUUCAAAACUGACGGAGUUUUGAGCAUUUGAAAGUGGACAAUUUUCGUUACGCUCUCGAUGUUUUCGGUGUUUCAAUUUGCACCUCCAUAAUACUGCCGUAAGAUGUAAUUCUACGUCAAAAAACUUGAAUUUAUUUUUUAGAAUUUAAAGAUGCCGGCAGUUGUUUCUUAUUGUCAGUUUAUAUCAAAAUUAUAAGCUUAUUCAACCCUCUUGUGCCCAAGUUAUUUUUAGACGGACUUCGGUAGAAUCACUACGAAUCUUCAUAAACAUUUUUUAAUUCUUUAAUAAAGCUUUUUAAAGGUUUGAUUUAUGCCCGUCUGAGGGUGGCACUAUACAAAAGAGGGUUAAAAUUCGCGCAUUUUUUGCAUAAAACUAUCAAAAUUGACCAUUUUUUGUUAGUGUUUUAAACAUUCGAACAGAUGGCUGUAAACAAAGUUUUCGGAUCUUUAAUGGAAGAAACCAUGAUGUGAUAAAUAAUAUAUUUGGAUUUUUUUCCACCCUUCUGACUGUGCUUUUAUGUUCUUUUGAAUUAAAGUUUUUUUUUUAAAUGCCAGAGCAAUUUUUUCCGAAUCACUGCGAAUGUUUUAUUGUUAACCCUCUAGUACCCAGUGCCACCUUGAGACGGUCUUCAGUGAAACCUUUAAAAAGCCUCAAUUGAUACUUAAAAAAUGUUUAUAAAGUUUCAAAGUGAUUUUUUCGAAGUCCGUCUGAAAGUUACCUUGGGCACUAGAGGGUGAAUUCAUGUACCGUAAAGCACUUUUUUGAAUAUAUCUUGAAAAUUCUAAGAAUAUAAUAAAUACAAGUUUUUUUGAUAGUUUCAUGCAUUGAGUAAAAUCCAGUCACUACUUCAAAAGCUUAGCAACAAUUCUACUGUUUUUAAAUAUGCUCCAAAAGUUUUCACCAAUCAGCAAAAUAUCGAUUUAACCCCAAUUUCCCUACAAAACCAAAAUAGGUUUAUCUGCUGACAUUUCAUGUACCUACUAUUUGAUUUCUGAACUUUUUACUCAAAAUAAGACAUAAUUUGACUAUCACUUUUAGAUAUUAGCGCAUGACCAUUAAUGCUUAGACAUACUCGAUAUUAUUUUGCUUUGUGAAAUAUACUAAAACUGUGCCAAAACCGGUUUCGUAGAACCACCGUUUUGAGCUCAGUUUUUGUCCGAUUUGAGAUCUGUUUUUUUUUUAAAGAUGGGAAGAAAAAUGCUAAUAUGUGGACAAACUCUUAGGAUUUUGAUAUUUGGUCUCAAAACAAAAUGGCGUCAAAAAAAACAAAAAAUUACCGGUUCCUCAAAAAUUCUAAAUGGCGCCAUUGUUGCCCCUUAAGUUGAAAUAUGUUAAAGCUCGGGGAAAUUUAGUUUUGCAUAAAAAUACACAAAAAAAUCAUAUAUAGAAGCCAAGGCAGAAAAAAAGUCAAUUUUUGUUGCACUGUGUUGUCCAAUCGUUCAAAGUUGCAUGUUACGUGAUUUCGUGAGUUAUUAUUAAAAAAGAAAAUAUUUGAUACACUGUUGAGAUUUUCAGUCUCAAUAUUUCCUUUGAGGGAAAAAUUUCAAAAAUAAUAAUAAAAAUCGGUACAUUAAUUAUUAUUUAUAUUAAGAACUUAUCUGGGAACAAAUAAAAACAACUUUACGUACCGAAGAUUGUUGUUUUGCAAUUGUUUGAACCGAUUGUUUGUAAGCAAUUAAUUAAUUAAUUAACAUAAAAUGCAUGAAUAUAAACAGGGCCGGAUUCGGCUGUUGGCAGGGAAAGGGGGUAUUUUCGUGAGGCCCUCUUUUAAACAUUUAGAGAUAAGAUAAUUGCAAAUUGUGAAAUGACUUCACACUCCCCUGGAAGGUGACGAGCAAAAACAAUGUCAUCGCUUUGUCUUCCCGUCUUUGUCUGUUAUGCUUUCGAGUGGUGGUUGUAUGACUAUGUCUGGUCUAGGACCUGGGGAGGCCCCUCAAGUCGCUAGCCUGGGGCAAUCGCCGCCCUAAAUCCGGACCUGAAUAGAAACAAUGUAGAUAUAAUCAAACACAAAUCCCAGGCUCUGCGAGCGCUUUUCUUUACAACUUCAGAAAGGAAGUGUCUCUUCGCUGAUCAAAGUCACCCCGAUUUACGGUACUGAUUAUUACUUCAUGACGCACGGCUCAUGAGUUUUGUUCUUGAUGUAGGACUACGUCUAAAUGCAAGUUACGGGCGUAAAUUGAUAAUCUACACGCAAAAGUUAAAGCUUUAAUCAUCCAAUGUGUCCUUUCAAUUCGCACAGAAUUUGCUCUGACUUCGCACAACCAAUGCGUGAUACGCAUAACGCAAAAGUUGUACCAGGAAUACAUUGACAGAGAUCAAAAUCAGAAUAUGUAUCAUAUACACAAAAAUCGUAAUGUCUCGGUAAAUUUUGGCUUCGGGCGAACGAUCAGUUUCGAGGCGCUCAAAAAACCGUUCUAUACUUUCGCGAGCCGGUGCGUAUCAACGGCUCGUGCAUCCCUAAAAAUCGUCAGCAACCGAAACAGCCAAUGGCGAAUAUCCACGGUCAUUACAAAAAAAAAGAAUUUAUAUGGGUGUUUGUCCCAGGGGAAGGGGGGGGGGUUAAUAAUCGUUAAAAAUCUGUCCACGUGGUAUGUGGAUGGCCCCUGGUGUUUUUUGUGACAACCCCGACCUGAAUCAAAACUAAUUGUCAUUCGUCAAUAAAAUUGGUAUUAAAUGAAAUGAAAAAAGUAUACUCUCGUACCACUGUGCACUAUUGUGGUGUUGCACGCUCGCUUAGUCGGCGAACGGAUUUAUGUGCUAUGCAAAAGUUAUUGAUGAUCCUGUGCGUCAACCAUGCGGUCGUAUCCGGGAUUCCAACCUUCUACUUUUUUCAUAUGUUCGUUAAAAUAAUUUUUUUUUGUGUUUUUAAGGUUGUGUUCGUCGAAAUCGUUGAAAAUAUUUCACAGUACAUGAAUAUUCAAUCUCUAAUUGAUUGAUGUACCAUGUACGAUCUCUAUUUAAGGUUUACAAAAGAAAUUCACGAUUCUGAUUUUUUUUAGAUUUUAUUUUCGCUUUUAAAUCAGGAAUGGAAAUGCCAAUGUAUCAAAUACUUUGCUUGCGGUCUUUAUAAGCAAGGAUUUUUACUCGUUCAACUUCGUCUAUUGCGGGACUAGAUAUCGAACUUUAAAUUGAUUAUAGGAUAUUUUUAUUUCACCAGAAUUUACGGAAUUCUAGUGAAAUAUUGAACAGUUGGCAAUCAAACUGUCAACUUUCUCACGGAAACUGGUGUAAUUCUAAACUGAAAUACUGGAAAAAGAGUUCAGUUUUCGUUCAAUUUUCUCAGUAAAUAUGUGUAUGUGUAAUAUUUUCAUUCCAACAAAGUAUAACAAUGUCUGAAAAAAAACUGCAACUUUAGCAAGGCGCUAAGUAUAUAGCACAGUAACGUGCGUUUCCUGAUUGAAACACUUCUCCUCCUUCGACGAAUUCAGCGCGAAAAGUCUACAGUGUAAGAUGUUAUUGUUGAUUUUGAAAGAGUUGUGAAGUUCUUUCGAGCAACGCAGCUAAAUCGCACCCAGCCGGAAAUCAAUUUCUCCGUUUCACGCCAUUGCACAAUGUUUUUCCGACACCCUUAUGAAAGCGAAUUUUCGAAUGGAUGUAAUCGAAUUACGUCACCACUGGGGCAGCAUUAUCACCCUAUUUUGAUGCUACCGCACAGCACUUUAGAGAGUUAGACCCAGCUCUUGCUCUGCUGCAUCGUGGGACGGGUAACACACGCACUAGCACCAGCCAGCAACAACAAAACUUGGGAACGGAACUAAUGAUAUGUAAACAAAGGCGAGAUGGUGCUGGUUGAGUUUGUCCUGCCUGUUCCGGCCCCCCCUUCCCCCCUUCCCUUGGCCACGCUGUCUCUGCCAAUAAUAAUAGCCAUAGCAACACGGUUUCAGUCCUGAAUUGCACGUCAUUUGAUUCCUUUUCGCGAGACGUGCCACAGCAAGUGGCGGAAACGUCAGAAUCGGAUAUGCAGAGGGGGGGAAGGGAACGAGUGUCCUUUGCAUCCAUCGCAUCGGAGGAGCAGCGCGCAUGCGAAGAAGCGCGCAGCUCCACAAACCGGUUCCAAGGUCCCGCGGUUUCCGCAGCGGUUCCCUCUCGGUGUGCGAUUCUUGGCUCGCGCGGAAAAAUAUUUAUUUUACUUCGAUAGAUUUGCUGUUAUUUCUCUUUCCCACGCGUCCCUGCCCUGCUGUUCCUGGGGCUCGGGUUGCCUCCCGGGAGCCAUAGCAUGGGUGCUCCUCACAGGAUACCAACAUCAAUGAUAGCUAUUGAUGGAAGUUUUCGAGCGCGAUUGAAGAAUUUGUUACCCUGCCUGCUCGAUGCGGAUGGUUUCGUAGUUUAUUGGUUAUUCGCUUAUACAGAGAUGUGCAAGUUCCUGCAUUCUGCAAUCAAAGCACGGACAGCGCACGCGGUGAAAUUCCUGCGAUUAAUUUCCAUAUCAGCAUUAUAAUAUUUGUGCAGACAAUCGCGGCCGGAGUCGGAUCUCUGCUCCUUGGAAAUUGUAUCCUCGGGCUGCGUUCCUAUUUAUCGCACUGGUUGUAUAUUGCGGUGUUCUCGCCACUAGUAUGUAUGUGUGCGUGUUGGUGCGCCGUGGGGUGCUCGUAACUUUCAAUUCAUGAUUAAAUAAAAUGAUUAAUUACAGAGCAUUAUUUCUUCGCUUUAUAAUCAUCAAUUUCCAUUCCUUUGUCUUGGCGAGCGUGCUUUCAUACGGUCGAACGAAACAACAAACUCUCUUUUGUUCCUCUGUGUGUACCCACAUAAAUGUAUAAGUUCAGAAUCAAAUGCGGGCUCUGCGAAUGCGAGCAUAUCUGUGCGGCAUGCUCCGGUGCUGGAGACGUCCGGAGUAAAACGUACCUUCAAAUACAGUUUCGAACAUAAUUACUACUUUCUGCUUUCGACGGGGUGUUGGAAGGUUUUUAACUGCGAAAUCAAUUGCUUCUCUUUAAUUUACCUGCUUGAUAGGAUAAAGAGCAGGCAAACUCAAUCAAAUUUAGCAUACUCUGGGCCGAAGAAAAUCAAAUCAACCAACGCAAACAACGACCAUUGACGGCGCAGCUGCUGCCGGGCCCAGAGAGUGCGAAUUAAAUCUUUCACAAACGCGGUGCCCUUUUUAAUUACUACUGAUGACGCAGUGCUGCCUAAGGUAUGUGCGCACGACGAACCAAGGCAAGAAAAAACGGUGCGGGGGUGAUUUUAGCGACCACUUUCACAGUGGGUAAAGGCUGGUCUUCAAUUACUUUUCCUGCAUUUCCUGGUUAAACAGUUAUCACAAUUUAAAAUCUGAUGUAACACCCGAGGUUGUUUCAUUUUUGCAUUCACAGAAUGUACCUCAAUGUAAAAAAGUAUAUAUUUGACUAGAUCUAUCUAUUUUUUGUUAUUCAACGACACUAGUCAAAAUGAAAUUAUUCCAAUGGUAGUUUCAUCAAGUGGAAGAAUGAUAUGGACAAAUCAUCAUUUUCUCUUGAAAAUAGUCAAAAUUGAAUCAAACCGGUUGAAAGUCUUCUUUUUUCAAUGUUAUAUGAAAACUAUAAAACAAAAAAAAAUUAAACGAUUUCAGAAGAAAAAUAUAUUUUCAUCAAUUCGAAGCUUUUUUUCUUGACCAGCUUUUGCACGAAAUCGCCCCACUGUGCACAGCCUGUGUACUGCCCGGGUUGUUCGAGUGUUCGAAUAAUUCAUUUUCAGUUUAGCUUCAGUGCAGCGAUUAAAUGUCGUAACAUAAGUUUCACUUUGGCAAAAGAGCCGAAUUUAAUUUUACAGCCACGCUACGAAAUCUCGCCUACGUCAUCUUGUAAGAGCGUUCCGCCUUGGCUGACGCCAUUUUGUUUUUUUUUAUUUCCUUUCUAGUCUUUUUUCCCUCUCGCCGCCAAUGCAUAAUGAAAAAUUUUUGCCACGUAAUUGAAGGUUAUUCAACUUUUCUGGAGGUUUCUCGUGGCGGUGGGUGGCGACCAGUUCCCACUCAUCCGGCGUGUGUGUCGCAUGUGUGUAAUAGUGCGAGUAAUGGGUGUCAAAAAAAACUAAAAAAAAAAACUCUUACUACCAUCCGCUCACACCUUCAAACAUAUGUGGCGAACCGCACCGACGCGUACUUCGCUGACGUACACGGCCGCUAAACUGAGGUCGAUGGUCAUUAGCGCGCUAGAGACAAAAUAGUAGAAGGUAAUUUACGGACCUAAUUUGUUCUCGGGCUAGGCUCGCUGUAUGCACUCAGUCUAAUGAGAUUGCCGAAUUUGAUAAUAUUAUAUACAGUUUGGCGUGCGAUAAGAAAGGUUGAAAAAUGUACUCGUGAAGGUUUUUCACGCUUUUUUAGCACGAGCUCGGAGACAGUUAGUUAAUUACUGAAUGUAUUUAUAUUUUUUCGUACCGUUCUACAAGUCUUGAAUUAGGUACAAGUAUUCGCUACAGGCUUGGUAAGAUUAACAAUUUAUCACGAAAAUGUUUCGGUAGCUCUCGACUAUGAGGGAUAUCCACUUUUCCAUUUCCAUUUUGCUGUUCUAACUUCUAAGAAACAAGCAUGCAAAGAAAUCCAUUUUGAAAGGUAUAGGUACUAACGUGCUUUUUGACAAAGUACUGGACCUGUCAUACAUUUCGGUUGAAUGUAUUCAGCCUUCUUCCGGCGUAGCUCUUCGUAAAUCGUUUAUCAAAUGUUACGAAAUAUCCAAUGGUUUUGGCAUAAUUUUGGUGAUAUAUUAAAUAUGACUAUGCUCAAGAAAUUUCAUUGAAAUUUCAAGAUUUCCUCAACCAAAAUAUUUUAUCAGGUUUCCAUUAUUCAUUAAGUUUUGAAAACGAAAUAAAAAAUCAGAUAGUUUUGAGACAAUCAAUGUAUGGUGAUUCUCAAUACAGUUUGUGAUUUAUAGUUUCAGUUUUUGCAAUGAUUUGGAAUCUGUUUUUUUUUUCCCAAAACUAUUGAAUUCUCGACAAACAGUUUACCCGUAACGUCAUUUAAUUAGAUUUGUUAUGUUUUAGAAAUUGUUCUUCAAAGCGUUACUCGCGGGUAAAAAAAAUCGUGAUUAUUUAAGAGUGCAACCUAGCGACAUUUUGAUGAAGAACAUUUUCAGCUCAUAACGCUGGAGAGAGAUUGUACUUUUGUUUCGAAUACUUUAAUCGGAAUGUAACCAUACUGCGUACUACUCAAGAUUUUAUAUAUAAAACAUUUCUCAAAAAGCGCAUUCAGCAGAAGAAUUUUUGACGUAGAAUUACGCCUUGCGGCAACAUUCUCGGAUUUGGAAUAUCGGCAAAUUUGAUAUAUCGGAAUCAUCGAGAGCGUCACGAAAAUUCGAAUUUCGAAUGUUUAUAACUCAGUCGGGUUUCAACAUUUCUUUCAUUCUGGCAGCACUCGAAUGGAAAAUUAGCUAAACGUCCACAAAAAUGCGGAAAAUUGGGAUUUUAUGAAAAACAUUACUAUUGAAAAAUGUAGAGUCUUGUUUUAAAGAUUCCGAUCCGACCAGUCAGAAUUGAAAAUAGAGCCAAGUAUUUUCGAAACCGGUAUGAUAUAAAAAGUCCAGGAAUCGACCCCAGACACCAUUCUGUAAUCCAUGGUUGCAACUGUCUACUCCUGGUAAACUGUAUAAAAUGACCAAAUACCACCUAAUGUGGUUAUUUUUGGAAUAAAAAAAUAUCUGAGUUGGAAAAUCAACUCCAGACGCCAUUUUGAAGUUCAAGAUGGUUCCUUCAGGUUUCUACAAAAAUUUAUUCUACCAAAAUAAUGCUAAAGAAAAAACAUACUUUCUGAAAAAUAUACUAGAAGCGAAAAACCUAGCAAAAUUAUGAUAAAAAUCAUGAAAUAUGAGAUAUUUUAUAUCUUAAAAAAUACAAGUGCUAGGUAGUGAGGAACAGGCAUUUCAGCCCAAGCAAAGUAAAGCCUUGGAAGUACAGUCUGCUUCGGAACUCGAUCUUCUGUUUUUUAUACACAAACUUCGUGCACAGAAAAAUUGCGGCGCUAGCAACUACAAUCAUCAACAGUCUCCCCCGAGCCGAGACUCGAACAUACGACGACUAGCUUGUUAGGCCAACAUUGUACCUCAAGACCAAAAAAUGAGGCAAACAUUAGUUUUUAAAUUUUUUGGCAGAUCAAAGACGAUUUCGUUAAAAUGAGUUGCAUAGUGUUUUAAAAAAGGAGCUCAUAUUCAUCGAAUAACUUAAGAUAGUCAUGAGUUCGUUUAGAAAUAAAGUAAAAUCGAAUAAACAUGUGUAAAUUGAUGUUUUUCUUAUAUUUAUUUUUUUUAAACAUCGGGAAAAUUUAUGAAAUAUCACCGAGAAACCGGGAAAAAAGCGGGAAAUCGAAAAUUGAUUUUGAGUGGCCACCCCUGAUUUUGAGUGGCCACCCUGAAUACUGUGGUUGAUACUCUGUGUUGGGUGGACGUUGCACAUACUGAUCCAAACAAAACUAUUUUGGACUCAUCUGCCCACUAGGGUGGGACAAAAAAUAAAUGUUAGCUUCCAUGCACUUUUCGUGUUCCGAUGCUUGUAGAAACAGCUAUUCACCCCAAACUGAAUGAAUGUCUGACGGACGGCUCACCAUUGAAAUAUUCCAGCAACACUGCUACAGCAUGCUGUUAUUGCAAACUUGCUUAAGUAUGAGAAAUAAUUAGGCGUCGAAAUAAUUUUCAAAGCGUGAUUUUUGCUCAUAGUAUCUUCGGGGAAGCCUCCAAGAUAAAUUUAGGCGACAUCAUUUCUCAUCAUAAGGUUGAAUUUGCAACAGCAGCAUGCUGCAGCAGUAUUGCUAGUAAAAUUCAAUGGUGAGCCGUUCGUCAGAUAUUCAAUCAGUCUGGGGUGAAUAUCUUUUUUCACAAACAAGAUAGCUCCUUGCGGUCCUCAGAAGAGUUUUUCCCAGGAAAAUUUCCUAUAAAUAUCAUGUAUUGAUAUAUUUUCAGGAGCCAACUGGACAUCUCUAUAGAUAAAGUUUUGAAAAAGUGGUUUUUCCCAUAUAAAAUCGUAUGGAAGCUUUAAAAAUCGGGCGCAAAUCGGGCGUUUCACCGAUCGAUAUGAAAAGUUACACAGUUGUUAUAGGACCCAUAAGGAACUCGAAAAGUGCAUGGGAGCGAAAAAAUAACACCAUCGCUUUUUCCCAUAUAACCGUGUCCCAGUCUACUACCCACACAACACUACGCCAUAUUUAUUGUGGCCAAUCGAUAUGCAUUUUAGCACAUUUGAGGCGAUUCGUAACAUGACGUUUUGUCAACAAUGGCAGGGUAACGGGGUUAUUUUGGUCCUCUAUCAUACCAAUCAAUACAUCGUUCAAUAAUGCAAAUUAUUUGAGAAUAUCCUAGAAACAUACGAAAGUUUCUGCGGAGUACUAAAAACAGAUUUUGGACCACCAAGCCUAUAUUAUGACCACAUCUCUGUCACGAGCUUCAUCCCCAUACAUUUUGCUUGAAGCCGUUUUCUCUGGCUCUCUGGCUCGAUUAUGCAUUAAAGGGCUGUCAGUGCUUGCGAAACAGCCGAGUAAGCUCCGUCCAUGCGAGAUCAACUGUUGCUGCAAGUGGUGUGUAGGAAUGCAAAAAACGAAGAACGACUGUUUUGUUUUGGACGUUCCAUGGAUUUUGUGCAGAACAUAAAUAGUCAUGUUCAAACAUGUCAAUAUAGUUAGAAGCACUGCCCUACAUUCAAUAUAGUUAGAAGCACGAAAAAAAUCUGUGCAAUAAUCCAUGCGGCACAAAGAACGGAGCUUACACACCAAAUUUGACGGCUUGACGUAAAUUUUUUUGACAUGUAAAUUCUUUCGCUGGAUUCCAGCAAACAUUCAUUUACUGUUUUCUGUUCAGCAAACAGUUUUGCAGUUUUCGCAAUAUUAGGCAUCUUAAAAUGAAAAAAUCGUUCUGAUAGCGGUUUUGCAAACAAUUCAUUGAAUGUAUCAAAUAAAAUGCCUUAAAUAUUUCCUGGUAGGCCAAAAUACCCUCGGUGCCCUACCCUCCGAGGAUCAUGUUUCACAAAAUGUCAAAAAAAUCACAAUAACGAAAAUAUCUACCACGGAAAAAGGGAUUAUUGGCUUUCGUCAAUCGUCUGACUGACCAGUUCGUGACAUUUCAGCAAUCGUCCGAUCAAUUCUUUCAGAUGUGCACCGUUUUCGGUCUCGAGAUUCAAACUUUUCUGUCCGUUUUAAGGGGUUACUUAUCAUUUUAACGAAGCAUUUCAUUGUAUUAUAUACGUGUCUAUAGGUUUUAUCUUGAUUUAUAGGCAUUAUUCAUUGCAAUGUUAGCCACGACCCAUUUUCUGCAAUAAGAACAAAACAAACAUGUUUCCGAGCUCAGAUUUCACUCCUUUUAUACACUUACCGAUUAGAGAAAUAAAACAACUUGUCAAAAAUUGAGUUUGAUUAAUUUCCCAUGGGAGGUAAUUAGCUUAAUAGCAAAAAAUUCUACGCCCUUACGGACGGGCUUCCGGCUGUUAAUAUUCCUCAUGGCGGACGAAAACAUGCGUGUAGGCAUGCUUUUGAGUUCUUUCUUUUUUUUAUUUCUCAAUUUCUCAGUUUUCGCGUCAAAGUUGUUGGAGUGGAUCUAACGCUUCAGAUUUGCCCAGAAACUAGUGCCGAUGAGACGCAGCUGGAGGACGUUGAGCGAAGUCACCGACUUGGGUACCACAUCGAUAUUUAGCCGCCUCAUCUCCUCCAACGAGCGGUGGGCCGACGCCAGAUCCGGCCAGAACACCGCGUCUAUGGUAUUUCUUAAUAAAUGCUUCGUACUAUAAAUUUCCUCGAUCACGGCAUCUUCUUCUCGCUAAUUGUCAGCCACAGCAGCCUCUUCUUGGGGAACUUGAUGUGUGAAAUGAACUUCGCCGUGGAGCUUAACUCUAUCGUGGGGGAAGUAAAAGACGAAGUGCCCUGCCAGUCGUUGUCAUACAAGGCGAGAUAUGUCUCGUUGCCCAUAAGCGUCACGUCGACUUGAUCAUCUUAUUCAGCCGCAUCAUUGCCUACAGCUCCGAGACCAGUGGACGGGAUUGACGCUUCCUGACAUUUAUGUGCAUGUUCGUCAGGUACUUUUUCACUGUUUUGCACGGUUGCAGCAGCCUCUCGGCUAAGCGCACUCAGUGAUGUAACCACUUUUCCGUCGGUCUCCCUCUUAUUCUCUGGAACUUUUUGUCGCUCAGGGUCGUCGGGCGUCCGGAAAAGGGAUUACUUUCAAAGCUCAGUUUGUUGUCAAUAGUGCCAAGAUGUUGAUACCAGAACGGGCUUAUCCAUCUCGCAGCGGAAUACCGCCAUAACUUACUGUCCGCCAGUCCCUACUGCUGAUAUCGUGGAGUCAGCAUUGAAUGUGCCUGGUGCUUUUUAGUGCUGAGACUCGCGACACGUUUUCUAUGCGAGUACGGAGAGCGCCUUCCUCCAACUGCCGCAAUCUGCUGAUUCAGAUCCCAUGGUUGUAAGAACUUAUCAAGUUCAAAUUCAAAUGUUCCUUCUCACGGCGCCCUUUGGUUUGUUUGAUUUGGCCCAAAUAUUGCGAUUUGGCAAAGUUGCGUUAAUCAUGGAGGUAUUCAUUUUUCCACCUAGUCUAGAAUUACUCCAGUUGAUUCUGAACUCUUUUCCAACUCGUUUCCAGAUUCCCUCCUUCACCCACUCGCGUAGGGGUAGGGACUGGCAACGCAGUCAUUGACCUACGAAUCAAAAAAUGUCCGAGGGUUGAAGGUUGCGGUGAAUUUGGUUGAGUGUUCGAGUGCGUGGCUGUUAGCAAAUUAAAGUGCGUUCCUCUAGCGGCACCCGCAAACAACCGUUUUGCAGUUUUGAUGUUUGAUUCCCAGAGCAUACCAAAAUAAGGACUUCUGGGUGGUAUGAAUGAGAAUUUGAUCUCUUGUACCGCUAUGAACCCGAUAAGUUUAUCUUGGAAAAACUUGUUGUUGUAAACAAGAAUGUAUUCGGUGUUCCUCGAACCGACGUAAAUCUUACAAGUGCUGAAAUGAAUGCAUUGGACGAUAGAGUCUCCGCUACUUCUUUAUGGACCGCUUUUGUGGAUGCAAGCAUCUGCAGUCGGAUUCACAAAGAGGUAGCACCCUAAAUGGUUUACAGAGAUCCUGUGAUUGGACGCGGACGAUGGAUCUACUCUUGCCCACGGAAGUGCUCCCAUAUGAUGUUGCAAUCGCCUGGGCCUUGCACAAGCGGUGAGAAACAUUUUUCAGAGAGAUUUAGAUGCUCGAAUGGCUCUUCGUUAACGUCCUUACCACCUUUAAUUGCUUCUAGCUCAGCGGGAUAUGCACCUUGUUGCAUGAUACAAAUGAUCGAUUUUGCUCCUCCUUCUAAUUCUUUAGCAGUGGUCGGUCCAGAUUUGUGCUCCGUUGUUAUGCCUUUCGCUCUCAACCUUCUCGAUUUAGCUUUCAACUUGCUAAGAAUUCUGUUGAUUACGCAAAGUUGUUGUGAAAGAGGCGUGAUACUUGUAUUGUGUUACGAGAUCCUUCAUUGGUUCGGCAUUGACCAUGGUUACGUUAUGGAAUAUGGUCAAGGAUGGAAAAAAUCACUCACUCGGAGAAUCACUUCUGAUUUUUUAUCGCAUGAAAUCGUUUUGUUAAUUUUCAUUUAUCAAAAAUGAUACGGCUGCUUAGUUACAAAAAUGAAAAAGAAUCCUUACUGAUAAUUUCAGGAGAAUCAAUACUGAGAAUUUUCGUUUCCUGAAGACGAAAAUCCUCUCACCGAUUUUUUUCCAGUCCAAUAGUUUUAAGCUGCAAUUUUGGCAAUAAAUUCAACAUUGAAUCAACGACAUAAAAUGAUGCCAUACUCUACAGAUUUGUUUCACAAUGAUAUAAAAUUGGACUCAUGAAGUAUAAAAUAUAGAAAGUAUCAAACUAGUCUAUCGAUAAAUCUCUAAUGUAUUUCUUGGUUGAAACCUCCAAACUUUAAGGCAAUUCAAAUCUCAAUCUUGCAUGUACUUCAUGUAGGGUAGCGAAUGGCUUCGUCAGUGGUUUCCUUCGGCAGGUUUUCUACAGCGAUCUUAUGUAGGAACUUGCCGAAGAAAACCACUGCCGACGCUGUUCACCAUCCAAUAUUAUAUGAAAGCUUGCAUGUAAUAUACUUGAAUACAUGCUUCCUGGAAAUCAGUUUGAUUCUGUUUGUCUAUUUCUAGAAGACAACACCCCCUAGAACAUCAAGCUUUCCUUCUUGAUUAUUUCAAAAAAAGAAAAUUAUCUUAUCGGUUUGCGCGUGUACCUAGUACCUACACGUGUGAAAAAAAAAUCGAAAGCGCGAAACGAAACAAACAAAUCAAAGUAAUCGCGAGUGAAAAUUUUCCACCACAUAUCCUUUUGAAAGUAUCGAAAGCGAUAGAGAAUCAGUUUGGAUUACUGAUUAAUUAUCACUUGAACUAUUCUUCCCAUCCUUGAAUAUGGUUUACAAAUUCAUGGGUUCAAAACAUCAUUAUACUUCUUUGAUAUCUGUAUAUCUCAUACGUUUCGCUUCACUCAAUUGAUUAGGUUUUGUACUCCUUGGUGUACUCGCUGGCAGCUCUGAUCCAGAUUCGAUGAAAAUAUUUGUCAUCUUUGACAUCCUGCUUUUUUACGGAAUAGGUUCCCUUUACAAGAGCCCAACAUCCUUCGAUUGGACGCAGCUGUGGACAGUUGGUGGGAAUGGCGGUUUUUGGUACAAUUUAACAUUGUUGGCUUUGUACCAACCUAUCACGGUAGAUAUUAGCAUAGCGACAUGUUACCAAAUUCGAUCAAAAGAAAGGAUUAACAUCAUGGUUCUUCAAGAAAGGUAGCUAUCGUUUUCAUAGAUACUUAUGUUGGUAAAUUUUCUGAUUUUUAGUGCCUGUGAUGAUGAAAGAUGAGUGCUUUCUACCAUUGGUAAAAUCUGCCUUCCAAACAAGAUAUUUCUUGCGGAAUUUAGCCAUCUCUUUUUUGUUCUGAAAUAGGGUAAAUCAUGUGUUUUGGACAGGCUAAGGAGUCAUUCAGAUCAAAUUGUAAAUAUCUCUAUCAAAUAAACAUAAAAAUGGUAUCUGAAAGCAUGCAAACAAUACCACAAGUAUCAUUAAUCAAAUGAGCAUGACACCCACAAUAUUAUCAGGAGAUGUUUCUAAUAGAACAUAAUUUUCGAAAGGAAUUUUAAAUAUAUUUUGGACAGGCAAAAUAUAUUGUGGACAUUGUCCAAAAUAUAUUUUGGACACCUGAGAUAUUCUUGCACAUAUUUCGAACAUCUGAUAUUUUUUCUAUAUUUUAACGCAUUUAAUGAAAUGUUUUUUACCCUUGAAAGUAGGGAACCAUUGAUAUACAACGUGGACAAGAUUUGAAUCAUUCAAGACCAAUACCAAUCACACCCGCCUCCUCAACUGUAACCUACCACGCACGAGUGCAUACUUAUAUAUAAACUCUGUAAAUGUCGUUUGGAUUAUUUUUUUACCAAACGCUUUUUUGUAUACUGACCACCAGUUGAUGUGGUGUCUACGUGGUACCUAUUAAAAAGCGAUUCAGUUUUCAAUUUAAAAAAACAUGCAGCGGCGUAGUGAGGAGAGUGAUAUAAGGGUUCGAAAUACUCACAGAGCCUCAAAAUGUGAGUAGUUUUCUUUGCGUAAUCCUCUUUGAGAUCAUAUAACACCAAGGUAACUUCAAUCUGAUAAAAACGGUAAACAAUGAGUUGUCAAAAUGAACAAAGCGCUUGUCUGGCAAUGUGAAAUUUGCCGCUCUUUUUUUUUUGUUUCACAGAUCAAAAUGAUGUCCAAAAUAUAUUUCUUUUCGUUUUUCAUUUCAUUUUGGACAGUACAAAUUUAAGUGUUUUGAAUGAUUUUCUAAGAGUAGUAAGUAAACAAAAAUGUGUGUAAUAGAAGUGCGAUAAGGCAACUAGUUUGACGGUGUUUCUGUUUUAUUCAGAUUUAUUGCUUCUUGAAAUACAGUCGGUUUUCCUCUGUUCCUCUUGAUUUUGAUUGAAAAAUGGAAGUCUUGAGUCAACAAAUUUUAAAUAAUGAUUUUUUCUGUAAUUCUGAAACAUUUUGUCUAUAUUACCAUACAGCCUUGAAAAGGACAGUUCAGAUAUUGGUUUAGAAUACUGGUGUGGAGAUUAUAUGCUUUAAUUACGCAAUAAAAGCUGAUAAUUUACCCAGCCCGUCCAAAAUAUAUGCAUGUCCAAAAUAUAUUAUCUACCCUACACUUCGGUAUAAUUUUUGGACAUUGCAGUGUAAUAAGCCAAUCCUGAAAGUUGUUUGAAGUCUUCCACGAUGUAAAUUUUAUCGUCCAUUACGACGCAUGAAAAUUUUGUCAAAAAUCGCGAGCACGUGUAUUUUUCGUCAAAUUCUGCUUAUCGUCACGGUUAAGGAUUUUAAGACUCUGUAAAACUUCGAGAUCGGAAUGCUUCCUUGAUUUCUGAACGAAUGCUGGUGACAUUCUUACUUUUCGAGCCACAGUCUUGAUAGACAGUUUCGACUUUCUCUCCAAAAUCUUCACUUUUCUGUUCAUAGGAAAAUCCGCACGAGCAAUGGAAAGUGGAAUGUGGAGCUGGCAGGCACGCAUCAUAUACAUAUUGAUUCAUAUAAAACCUCUAAUACCUCCCCCUCGAAGAAGUCAAAUGGGUUAGGAUUCUUCACUAGAGACGGAAUUGGCAAACAACAUGGCUGAUCUCCGUACAACUUGGAUGCAUUAGCAGAUGAUCUUUGAAACUUUUUCGAUGUUGGAAUACUCACAAAGGAGUAAAAACCUCGCGGUAAUGACGGUAUGCCUCCUCAAACCAUAUGUUUUGACAUUAUAUUUUGUCUCCUUAUCGGAACAGUCUUCCGACCCUAAUUUGUUCUUUAUGUUACUAUGGUUACGAUCGGGCUUCACCGGCGGAUUUAAACACUUCAUUCUUUUUGAUUUCUGCAGGCUUCGUUGUGUCGCAUAGUGGCGUUCCUUAUUUCAGGAAAAAGACAAGACGCCGGGUAACUCCGAACUACUUCACAAUUGUGAAAAUGUCACGCGGUUUGAGAUUUAGCAAGUGUAAUUUUACUAGGGUGAGGGACUAGUUCGUCAGGGUUUUUCUUCGUCCUAAUUUUUGCUUCAUUCUAAUGAGAAAUAUUUGACGAAGAAAACCCCUGCCGAAGUAGUCUUACACCCUACUAGCUUUUGUAUCGUUUCGCACCGCUUACUGCGACGGAACGUAAACAAAUGAGGUCAAAUAUUUAUCACAGCAAGGGAUUGUCAAAAGGCACACGUAGCUGACAAUUAACUGUAAAAAUUCUCCUGUAGAUGCGAAACAUAACUAAAAAAAUGAUGAUACUUAUUCUAUGGAACACUGUUAAAUCGAAAGUCAUAAAAACCAUAUAAGUUUAUACCAGAUAAUCCACAUGUUUACGGUUAUUUCCAAGAUCAAAAAAACAUCUCGAAUAAGUGUUGACAAUCUGACUGAUACAUCAAACGCUAAGAAAGAAUGACACAUUAACGACUCAGCACUUCGGAAUGAAUUCCUCGUGUAUAAUGCUUUUAGAAUCAUAAAAACAGAUCAUCGUUAUUUUCAUUUUCGAUUUCUGCGAACGAUAACUUAUGGUUUGUUGGAGUACUCUACUCUUUCGGUUAGCUCGAAUACUGGAUGAUUAAAAAAAAAACAGACGGCUAACUAUGCAUAUUGUUAUUGUCCACAAAAAAAAUAUUUAUUUAUUAUUUAUCUAAAAGUAACCUUACAACCGGAGACAGUAAAAAAAAUUAUUGUACUUCCAUCGAGCACCCGAGUGGCUCUAUGAUUUUAAUGAGAAUUACUUCUGGAAUGAGUUUCGCUCGCGGUACUAAUCUGCGAUCCCCCCCCUAUGGUGCCGCAGGAAGCUCUCACUUAUGAUCUGUUUUCCUGCGCUCGGUACUGUACACAAACAGAUAUCCCACAUGCAUGGAUUGUCCAUUAACAGUUAAUUGGCGUUUCACUUCGCGUUAAUCCGAAAUCUAUCUCGAAUGAACCGGGAAAGGGGGUUUGUACAAAAAGCGCGCUCACUAGAGUGAAAGGAAAAGGCAACAGUGGUUUCGAAACCACUACCACAACCGGCCGUACGUCUUCAGUGCAACACUUAAUUUCUAUAUGUGCCAUGGAACGCAAAAAAAAGAAAUCCGAAAAGAAACUCGGUUAGAGGGAAUAACUAAACCACGACUUGGUAGGAAAUGCGAUACGAAACCGCAUGUUGGAAGGUAAUUGUAUAAUAAUUUACUAGUUUUUUUUCAGUUCUGAAAACCGAUCGAUUCCAAAACGGAAAGAGAGCUUCAAGGUUAGAAGUUUAAUUCACUAAAAUCCAACAAAAAAUAAUAAUCAAAACCCAACAUUGUUAUAGUUAGUAGGAAAGCAAACAAGAAGAAUAUUUCAUUACGACAACAACAACAAAAAACAAACUAGUCUCAUUGAUUGUAAAUACUUCAAUUCAUAUAGUUACAAGGUAGACAACCUAAAUUAUUAUCAGAUUACGUCGAAAAAAAAAAUUAGGCAAAAGUUUAGCUGAUCAAGGCAUAAUAAAUUAAGGCAAAUAAAACUGCGAAUCAAAUUUUAGGACAAAACUACAACAGAGAGAGAGAGAGAGAGAGAGAGAGAGAGAGAGAAAUUACUUAGGGUGCAUCUGUCACACGUACUAUACUGCAAGAUUGAUGAGACCAAAAAUUCUUUACAAGUUUCUUCACUUUCCCGCAAAUCCAAUUGUACAUAGGAAAAGAACUGUUUUUAAUUUCAACCUUAAUUUAUUAUUGUUUCAUGUUUUAUAGUUUAACUGUUACUGUUCGUGGUGGUAUUUAAUGAAUAAAAAGAAGCAUAAGAAGGUUCUCCCCGCCUCCCAAAAUGCAAUACAACUAGCAAUAAAUCUGCAAUAGUGGGAGCUGAAAUCUAUCUGCUUUGUUCGGGCAGAUUCCGCGCAAAAAAAGGUUUAAAAAAGUUUACUGUUUUUUUUUCUAUAGCGAGUAUUCACAUAAUUGCAACACCACUGGAAUUCGAUUUCCGCUAGCUGCCGGUGGGACAUUUCAGUACGGUGACACGUUUCGUUCCACCUGUGGAUUGAUUGUACAACACAGCAACGAAACCUUCGCCGACGAAAUUGUUCUACUAAAAAUGCGGCCGACAAAGAGUAAGAGAGAGGAAAUUAAAUUCUUCACAUGUAUAACUCAGUACUGUACAACCCACAGGCGUGCGGCGUAGCAAAACUCGCAUGGAAUACAACUUUUAUUUGUUUUUCGUAACACAGAGCUCGGAAUAAUAUUGGAGAAUUGAUAAUCCGCACCACAUUCGAACGCGUUCGUAAUUAUAACGCAAUAACAGAACAUGAUUAAAACAUACACACAACAAAAAAAAAAGAAAAGAUGUCGAAAAUGUUUUUAGUGAAAUUGAUUGUAGUUAAUGGGAAUUUUUUGAUAAGAAAAUAACAAAACUAGACUUAGAGCAAAAUAACAGAAAAUAAUGAAAACUUCUUUUUUUUUAAUUUUUGACGAACUGUGAUGUAAAAACAUAUUUAUUUAUAUUAAAAAAACGUACACUAUAUAUUCUAAUCCAUCAAAGAAAAACAUACAAUAAAUGGACAUGAAGAAAAAUAGGAAUUACACUGUGUAAACCUAUGUACUAUUAGACGUAAUUGUAUAUCAUGUAUAACCUACGAAACCUGAUGUAAAUAUUCUCUUUAACGGAAAAAAUAUAUUAUGUUAGUAACAAGCAUUGUAAUAAUUUGUGUACAGCAUGUUUUUAAUUUUACUGAAUCCAAGUUAUGUGGCAAAAUGGGGGAAAACGAACGAAUGAAGAAGCAGCAUUUUGUUUUGCGUUUUUCGUUUUCACAUUACCGAAGGAGAGACAAUAGGCAGGCUUCCUUUCAACCGAAACAGUUGAGUCCUCACUACUAAAACUAAAAAAAAUGAAUAUGGAAACCGGAAGGAAACACGAUUGACUAUGCGAAACGAUAUCUAUGCGCGCAAUGUUUUAUGUUAUUUAAUCUAGGCUGAUAGAAGCAGCAGUAACACGAUAGGAAUAACAACCACAACUACAUUAAUGUCCCUGAACCACUGAAAUAGCUGAAAUAUUUUAAAAGAAAAUAUUAUAUGUUCAUCGUACAUACAAGAUACGCAACUGAAUGUGUAUAGAUUGAACGCUAAGAGAACACAUUUUAGGAUCGUAAAACCACGCUGUUUUCACUGAAUUUGACUAAAUGUGCUAGUAUUGGAGUCGUCAUACCUUUCAGAGCAGCAGCAGUCAUUUAAUGGCAGUGUUGAAAGCUAUCAGCCCGAGAGAGUACUUUUGCAAUAGUUAUGAACUAGAAAAAAAAAACAAUUAUCUCUAAUACAAUGUGUAAAAUGAAGGUACGAAGCGAAACCAUGCCCUAUUCCUUCUCUCAUCUAUGCAUCGUGGCAUACAACAGUCCAGCAAACUAUAAUCAAAGUAUGAAAGAAAAAAAAAACUAAGCGAUUGACUGCAGAGCAGUGCCAGCUGGAAUCGGAAUGUAAGAACUCAUACAAUAAUGACAUUGAAAAGAAAAAGCUACUGAAAAUUACUUGCAAACGAGGAAAUGCAAAACCAAUAAUUAUAGUACUACCGUAACAGCAAAAUCUCUACCCCUAGUGGACUAAAGAAAAAAAAUAAGCUGAAAACUAUAUCAUGAAGUGGGACAGCAUCGUAAACAAAAUAUUUAAAAAUAAAAAGGUAAACAAAAUAUAGUUCUUUCAGAUAAAAUUUA